UAAAGACAUUUUGGGGUGAAAAACUUUACACAGGGAGAGAUAACUGAAAUAUCUCCCUGUUUGUCGCUCUUUGACUCUUACAGAGUUUGUCUUUGGAAAUCCAGUUCUGGGAUACAUUGACUCAUUCUUCAUCAUCACUUACUUUAUUAUCUGGUCCACAGUCCAGAAAAGGAUUUUUACCAAACACCUGGUAAAAAAAAAACAAGCUGAGAGAGAAAUCUCAGCCUGUACAACAACACCUGCUGCUCUCUUUUUACACCAGGGAAACCAGCUGACAAGAGAAGAGAGUGCAAGACCGAGGAAGAGUUGAUUCAGUAGGUGAUUUUACCCUCUGUUGAGCAGACAACCACCUAUCAGCUGCUAAUUUCUAACACAACCUGCCAAGGUAGUGAAGAGUGAGCGAGACAGCACACCUUGAAGGAUUUGGGCUCCGUUUUGGACCAAAAACAGAGGUCUGAUUCUUGGACUUUCCAUCUCUGUGAUGAUGGCUUGGCUUCGGCUGUGGACUACAGGGCUUAUGGCCAUCAUGGCCUUGUCCGUCUCUCUCGGCAUCUCUGAAGACUCAGGCCUUUCUGUGGUGGAUGCCAAGAAGCAAGGACCCGCUGAGAUUGUUAGGAAGGAGAACUAUCCUGUCCUGUUCAGGCAGAAGAGAGAGUGGAUCUGGAAUUCAUACUAUGUGGAAGAGGAGAAACCUGGCUCAGGCCCCGAAAGGAUAGGAAAGCUGAAGUCAAGUAAGGAUGCGACGGUCAGGAGGUUUGAAAUAAUAGGUGAAGGAGCAAACGACAUCUUCACAGUGGAUGAAAAAGGAGACCUGUUUGUAACCAGGAGUCUAGACAGAGAAGAGAAGGCCAUAUACCACUUAAAAGCCAGGAUACUGGAUGGGAACGGCAGAGUGAUUGAGGACACUGGAGAAUUUGUCGUCCAGGUGACAGAUAUUAAUGACAAUGUCCCCGUUUUCUCCACGUUCAAUGGAUCCGUUAUGGAGAGGUCUCCAGUGGGAACUAGAGUAGUCGAGGUAAAGGCGACCGAUGCCGAUGACCCCACCACUCGUAAUGGCGAUUUGAGGUACUCCUUGAUCCAAGAAGGAGACCAUGCUGCUUUUGACAUCGACAGUCUCACAGGUGUGAUCAUCUGCAAUACAAAUAAGCUGGAUCGGGAAACCAAGAGUCAUUAUGUGGUGGUGGUUCAGGCUAGGGACAUGGGAGGAAUGGCCACAGGCAGCACAGCCACCACCUCUGUCAAAAUCACCAUCUUAGACGCCAACGACAACUUAGCGUCUUUCACCCAAAGGACAUUUGAUUUGGUAGUUCCAGAGGACCGCAAGUUGAAUGAGGUCAUUGGCACUCUGAAGUUGGACGACAAAGAUCAGAUUCAAAACAAAGAGCCCAUCUUCACCAUUUCCGAUGAAAAUAGUAAAAAAACCUUUGGUACUGCACUCAGCCCUGAAAAGGACGGCCAACUUAUACUCAAGCAGGCUCUGGACUAUGAGACAAAGGACAGCUACACCUUUACCGUCCAGGUGCAAGAAAACCUGCGAUAUACUGCUGACAACGAAGCCACUGCUAUCAAGACAGCUAAGGUAAACAUCAAGGUGUUGGACGUAGACGAGCCGCCAGAGUUCUCCCAGCACAGCUACAAUUUCACUGUGAGGGAAGAAUCAAUGGUGAACAACAUUGGGAAAAUCACAGCCAGAGAUCCUGACAGAGCCAACAACGAGAUACGGUAUUCCAUCUCAGACAAGAACUGUCCGAUUCAGAUCGACCCGAUCACAGGUCAGCUGUCCACCCUGAGGACUCUGGACAGAGAGGUGGUGGCCAAACACAUGUUUCAAGUUAAAGCGCAGGAGGAGCCAAGUGGUUUGGAGUCAUUUGUAAAAGUUAACAUUAUAGUUCAGGACAUCAAUGACAACCCGCCUGAAGUGAUUGCAGAGGAUAUCUACUUAUGUGACAGUGACAAAACUGGGAUGGUGAUUGGGCUUUUGAGAGCGGCAGACAAAGACGACCAGCCAGCUAAAUUCAGGUUCAGCCUGGCCAGUGAGAGCUCCAACUUCUCCAUCAAAGAUCACGGCAACAACACAGCGGCUAUCGUGGUGGUGCAGGGGCCGUUCAGCAUGGAUGACCCCAGGGAUUACAGCGUGGAUGUAAGCAUCAGUGACAAUGGGAUUCCUGUCCUGACCAGCAGGACCAAAGUAGUAAUCAAGGUGUGUCAGUGUGAUGCCCAGCGAAAUGUUUUGUUUUGCAAAGCUCUUGCUCAGAGGAUGGGAGUCAGUGUUCAUGCCCUGAUCGCCAUUCUGCUCUGCAUACUGACCAUCCUGGUCAUCGUGAUCCUGUUUGUGUUGAGGAAACGCUACCAGAAGGAUUCUCUGGCCAGUAUGAAGAACUGCGGGGAGAUCCACGAGCAGCUGGUCACAUAUGAUGAGGAGGGAGGAGGAGAGAUGGACACCAAUGGUUACGAUGUCUCCAUCCUCACUUCCGCUUGCAACGAUGGAUCUCUACUCCGCCACCCGGACCGCCUCCCCCACCCCUCUCUCUAUGCCAUGGUCCAGAAACCCACCCAACACACUCAACCCACCGCAUGUAAGGGUGACAUGGCUGCUAUGAUCGAGGUCAAGAAAGACGAGGCGGAUCACGACAGAGACGGCAUCCCCUAUGACACUCUGCACAUCUAUGGCUACGAGGGACCAGAGUCUUUAGCUGGCAGCCUCAGCUCUCUGAACAGUGCCUCCACCGGCUCGAACAUGGAUUACGACUUCCUGAAUGACUGGGGUCCGAGAUUCAAGCCCCUGGCCGAGCUGUACGGGGUGGAUGGGCCUGACUACUACAAUCAAUACUAACGGAGAUGGUGUUUACUGAAAAGCCUACAUGAUGCCAACACACGUACAUGUACAACACACACACACACACACACACACACACACACACACACACACACACACACACACACACACACACACACACACACACACACACACACACACACACACACACACACACACACACACACACAUACAGUGCACCAGUGGUUAAAAACAGCCAUAUAAAUACACUCACACAUUGCCAAAAGCAUGCAGGAAACAUAAACAUUCUCAAAGCAGCGACACCUGGCUUUGAUUCUGUCCAUUUUGUUUUUUGGACAAGGAGCUUCUAACUAGUAGACGAAGUCUCCAAACACUUCUUUAGCUUCUGAAAACAGAAUGCAGGCACUCUGGUUUCCUGUGUAACGACAACUAACUUUUUUGUUAAUGAAUGUUAUUCGUAAAUCCAUUAGUUUGUUGAGGAUCCUCCAAUGUGUUCAUGUAUAGUCAGUAAAUACGAUGUUCAGCAAUCUCCAAGAAGCUCCAUCAUGAUGAAUCAAGGAAAGCGCUUCUGAUUCUCUCACUCUCUCUCUUUAUUUCUUUCUUUCUUUUUUUGGUGAUUAUAAGGCACCCUUAUGCUUCCUCCAAGGAGAGAAUAUAUUUUAAACGCCAGGACUUGAUGUCAUAGGAGGAUGUACAGACGAACUGCUUCAUAAAUGCUCAAGGAGAUUGAUUUUUGCUUUGAUGUUUGAGAUCAUAAUCCUUUUGUUUUACCUGAAAAAGAUCAUUCAGAUGAAACUCUAAGCGACCUUCGCUACAGGCCGAAGCCAGAGUUCAUCUUGGAAAACUGAUGGGUUAAUCAAAUCCCUACUGGCCAGGAACAUUCCUCAGUUAUUACAAUUAUUGAUGCUGUUUUGCAUUAGAUUAAUCUCUUAGCUCUUGUAUGCAGUGCCAUUUUGCAUCCCAUUUGAGUGUUACAAAGUAUGACAGGUAAAGGUUAUCUCUUUUAAAAUUAGUCCUGUUUAUGCACGUAUAUCCAUGUGCAUAUACUUCUACAAGUAUGUAUGUCUCUAUAUAGCUGAAUAAACUAAUUUAAACUUUACAUUUACCACAAUAAAAUGACAUUACAAUCCUGACUAAUAUUGAAAGACAUUCCAGGUAUCAUAUUUCAGUCUUGUCAUCUGGAUAUGAGCAUAUUUCCAUACGUUGACACAAAUGUGUGCAAUAAUGGAGGUUAUACUUUGUUUAGUUCAGUCCUACUGGGGAUGCAAAAUGGUGCACGUCAAAGCAAUUCACACAGAUUUAACCUGAUUUCUUCCAUACUCUUCGGUUCUCUUUGGUAUUGACUCGGUGUAAUCUCUUUCAACUUUGAUGUUUUCUUUAAAUAUUUGACAAAGGAGCCACAAGCACGGCGAGAACGAGGUGAUUUAAAAAAAAACAACUUUGAUCUGAAGCUUAUGAUUUGAUUUGUAAAUAUGUUGGCUUGAGGGGGUUUAUUGUUUGAGGCAAAAACUUUGAGCAGCCAUGUUAGUUUUAACUCAAAGAGGUUUAAAGCGUUUGAUCACAGCAAGAUGCCAGUUGUGUUUGCUUUAUCUGAAAUACUAAAAAGAGACGUCUUUAAGGAAAGUUCAACUCUGGAAAACUUAUACUGUUCAUGAAUUUGUGAUGUCAGGUUAGUUUUAUGAAGUGACCCUGAAUAGUGUGCAGAGUAGAGUAUCUCGCUGGAUUUACAACAUGUUCCCUUAAAACUAUCUGGCCACAAGUCUUAACAUGAAAUCAGGUGAAAUUAAAAAUAAAAAAAACUUGCCCCUUUUUGUGUUUCCUUAAAACCAACAUGAACAAUAUGAAUGAAGAAUAAUUUUCUAAGUGAGUCAUUCAUCCAUGUCCUCAGUUAUCUUCUGUUGUAAAAAGAAAAAGACAAUAGACAGACAGGAAAUUGUGCGGCUGCUGCUCAGACAGAAUUACAGUGUGUUCCUAUGUUUUAUUUGACAGAACCCAUCAUCACAGUUAUUGUUGAGAUGAAAGCUGAAUUCUCAGAGGUCUACUAGAACAAAAGUCAUUCGGACUACUCAGGAAACACAGAGUGACAAAGGCAGCUAGUUGGGCAGUUGAGUUGUGCUACGAUGGCUCUGAGGUGGCCUGAAUAACUUUAACCUCUCAUCCUUUUGGCUACUGUCAGGUCUAAAAUCUCUGAUCCAAAAUGUACACAAACCCUGGAUUGUUUUUUUGUGCAGAUGUUCAGAAACAAAUCAAUCAAUCUUAAAACAAUUUCUUAACUGCAAUUGCUGCCAUUUAACAAUAAGGCAAACUUACAAAGGGUCUAUGAUUUAUUGUAGAAUAACUGGACUGAAACACCGUUGCAUUGUUUAUUUAGUUUCCAUCUAAGAGAGUGUAUUGUCCAAAAAUACUGAUAAACAAUGAUUGCAUUUUGGCAAGUCUGCAUUGUAUAAACAGGAUAAACUGAAACCUGAAACCUUGAAGCAUACAAUUAUCCAAGAAUAACGCAGUCUCUGGAGCCACGCUUGUCCUCAUUGUGCAUUAUGGUUUUUUUGAUAACUGCAAUGGUUUUUGUGAGUUAUCCUCUAUGCAAAUCAUUAAUCAAUACAUUACAGACAGAUCACUAAAGACACUGUUUAAUGUGAUAAAUGGCGAGGUUGUUAGCAGUCUUUUGAGUGGAAAGAUCCAAAUGUUUAUUGCACAGAACUAUCUUCUGCUAAUGUCGAAGAUAUCCUGUCUAUUGGCUCUCUAAGUAACAACCAAGAACAACCCCUCCCAUGGACUGUUUGACCCCUGGAGGAAUACUGUAGAGUAUCCAGCCAAGUCCUAUUUAUCAAUGACUGACUUUUUGCAUAAAUGAAGGCUUUGCAGAAAAGAUGGCUUCAGCAGUUAGUUCAAAACUCAUUAACAAUUGGUCAUGAAGGUAAAAAAGUGAGUGCUGACAACUUAAAUCAGUUUGCCUGAUUGUAAAGUGGUACCUAUUGAUGCAGUCUAGUUGAUACAGCAAAAUGUCUUCAGUGGGACCAUCCCUUUUUUUUUUAAAGUGUAAUUUCAUUCAGGAUCGAGAGUUUAGUUUAUUUAUUCUCCUGUUUAUUCUGUUUUGUUUGGACUUGAACUUGUUUUCUUAAAACUUUGGCUUGCUUGGAAUGCCAUUUGAUAAACGGUGGAUACAAUAGCUGGAAGCCCUCGCAAUGCUUUCCUGUUGGGUUCAUAUACACUUUGAGCAGCCGGUUCCUUCACCUCACUCUCUUACUCCUUGUUUGCCUCAUUGCCUCUCUCCCUCCCUUUUCUAAUCAGCUAAACCAAACAUUGGAGUCAACUUCCUGUGCAUCUGGGGGGAUAGUUCCCGCCCCUUCCUGUCUGUGUUAUCUCUCUCGUCAGCCGACACAUUGUGUUCACUUCCUGUUAGCCCGGCCUGGGAAACAACUCUGGAUAGAGGAAAAGGGGGCGAGGCAAGGUAGUAACAUGGGAUGCUGUGGGGGCGAGAGGGCGAGGGGCGGUGUCAAGAAGAGAGAAAGAUGAAGAGAACAAUGUAGAGCAGUGAUAAGUUUUCCAGCUGAGCAGAACCACUUCAAACCAAACACGGGCGUGAUGAAACGCUGAGACACAGCACACACACUAGCAGUGAUAGCAUCCUGUUACUCUGGCAUCUUUAUGAAGCAGCGGGGAUGAAUUCUUUCUCUGACAUGUCUGAGACAAAACCUUUGUGGAAUAACAACCUUAAAAUUUACAAUCGGCAACUUCUCACCUUGGUGGCAAAAAAAGAAAAGAAAAUUAAUAUUCUAAUAUAUGAAGGUCUUUUCGCCUCAGUUUGUGCUUAUCUUAUUGUUUUUACAUUUUAGAUAUUUGCACUGAUGAUUACAUUCUAGUCACAUGUAAGCCAUGUUUUAAUCAGAAAAGAAAAGACAAAUGUUAAUUGUCUUGUGGCACCACUGUUGACAACAUGUCCGAAAUGUUUGUUUGUCUGGGUUUAUUUUACAUUUGUUUGUCUGUUAUUAUCAUUAUUGUAGUUAUUUUUUACCAAUUGAAUAUGUGGACAACAGAAUCUCUGUUGUUGAAGUCAGCAGCUUGUAGCAGACAGAGGUGCUCCGUUAUCUACUUUCCUAACAGCAGUAAGCGUUGGGUGCACAUUAUAAGAGAUAAUUUCAGCCACUCCUGUUUUCACUCUUCUGUUACAAAGCAACAUAUUAAAAAAGCUGAGGUUAUACAUUUCCGCAUCUAAAAAAACCCAUAAAAAAUUCAGAUUUAGAUUGUUUUUUAGUAGUUUACACAUAUACAAAUGAUACAGAUUAUAUACAUAUAAGCAACGUAAGAUGUGAUGGAGAAGUGCAAAAAACCCUUAGGGGGGCUUCAUAUAGGCAUUAUUAAAAAAAGGAGGUCAAAAGAAAAAAAAAACAAUCAUACAAACACAAGUAAACAAAAACAAAACAAGAAAAAAAGAAGAAGGAAAAGAAAGAAGCAAAAAAAGGGACAAAACUAAACUUUCACAAAGUAGCAGAUUUACAUAUAAAUGCUGUACAACUGCACGAAUAAAGAUUAAAUUACAGCUUUCUUCACAAAAUCAGUCAUUUAACACUUUCAAGGUAUGGAGUGUGUGUUCAGCCCAUUUCAAUAUAUUGUAUUGGAAUAAAGGUUAAAUUUGUAGAAGUAAAACAUGUUGAUUUUGGAUCAUUUAAGGGGCAUUUUCAUGGUAAUCUCUAAAAUCUAAAGCUUUUUCAUUGCUUCUGCCAAUGAUACCAUUUUAUCAAAUUGAUUUAUUUUUUCGGCUUUAGCUUUUAAUGUCUAUAUUUAAGUGCCACAUUUGUUUGUUCUUUUUUUAAAUAUAAUAAUUGUUUGUAUUGUUUUUAUUUGUUGGUUACCAGUGGUUGUAUGUAUGAUGGCAUUUGGCUUCCUUCUAUCAAAUGGUGAAUCACUUUGGAUCCAAACAGUCACAAUGAAUCUCUCAGGUUGGGAUCCAGGCACUAAAAUAAAGUUGUUCACCUUCAUGUCAAGAAACAAACGCCCCAUGUGUAUCAAUAUACUAGUUUCACAAACCAGACCUUUAAAUGAUUUAACUGUAAUUUCAUCUGUGUAUCCCACAUGUUACCAAGGGAGCGUAUUUUGAGUGAAAUAGAAAAAAAAUGUGCCUAAUAGUGAUAUUUCUCUGGCCUCACCUUGUUUAUUUUAUUUUUUGCCUAAAUUACUGUAUUUAGAGGAUUUUAAACUUGACACAAUCUCUUUUUUUAUUGCUGUAGAACAAAACAAAAAGGUUCAUUUUCGAUAAAUGAAAGAGUGUCGUUUGACGCAUGAGUGAAUGUUCCAGAGUGACUACGUGUUUUUCUGUUUGUGUCCACUUGUAUGUGCGUGCGUGCUUGUGAUUGUACCCAUGUACAUACACACAAAUGGGUUUCAAACCAAUUAAGAAAAAAAAACAACCAAGUAGACAUACAUUUUUUUCUUGUGUAAAUACUGUAAGGGUCGUCGAGGGAGUGUAAUGUGCCUUUAUUCCUUAAAAAAAAUACUGUAAUUCAAUUUUUGAUGGUUAACACAAUGUUUUCUAUAUUGUUUUUAUGUUGUAAAGCAACUAAUUUUUCUUAAAUGAGAUUUUUGUAAGUGUAGAAUAAAAAUAAACACUCAAAUAUGA